AGCAAAUAGCAAUUAGCAUUGCAGUUCGCCACUUCCAUGGAAGGAAGAGAGAGAGAUCUCAUUGUUUUGUAACCAACGCAGAGUUUGUCCUCGCUUUCUGAUCUACCACGCUCCAUCAAUAUCUCACAUUCCCUCUCUCUACGUUCCUUCCCUUGAUCUCCAUCACUUGACAAACCAAACUUCCAUUUCGUUUCCGCACGAUCGAAGCCGAACCCUCCCUCUCAUUCUCUGUCAUUCUCUUUGCUGCAUCAUCCCGUAUUUUCUUUCUGAUGAUACACCCUCGAAUCGCCGGUGAUUCUGAUUGAUAUGAGGGAUUUGAUGGAGCUACAUUGAGUUUGCAUGGAUCGUAUGGAAUGGAAGGUUUUGGUCUUAUGAGUUUCUGUCAACUACUCCUCCAAUUCCAGCCAUGGCGGUUAGUGGGCCGGGUUCGAGUUCAGGGAGCUCCUGGACUGACUCUCGCAAGGGCAUGUCGUGUGAUAACAUCAAGGGUUUGGUCUUAGCUUUGUCUUCCAGUUUCUUCAUUGGUGCCAGCUUCAUUGUCAAGAAGAAAGGCUUGAAGAAGGCCGGGUCCUCUGGUGUUAGGGCAGGCUCUGGCGGUUAUUCUUACUUGUAUGAGCCAUUAUGGUGGGUCGGCAUGAUAACCAUGGUUGUAGGGGAAAUUGCUAAUUUUGCAGCUUAUGCAUUUGCACCGGCCAUUCUGGUAACUCCCCUUGGCGCGCUCAGUAUAAUUAUCAGUGCUGCCCUUGCUCAUAUUAUAUUAAGGGAGAGAUUAAACAUUUUUGGUGUUCUUGGUUGUGUUUUAUGUGUUGUGGGUUCGACAACAAUUGUUCUGCAUGCACCUCAAGAGCGUGAGAUACAAUCUGUCACGGAAGUGUGGGAUCUUGCGACAGAACCAGCUUUCCUUUUGUAUGCUGCUGUGAUGAUAGCCACAACUCUCGUACUCAUAAUCCACUUUGUGCCUCAUUAUGGGCAGACACAUGUGAUGGUCUACAUAGGGAUUUGUUCUAUUGUGGGCUCACUUUCGGUUAUGAGUGUUAAGGCACUUGGAAUUGCCUUGAAGUUAACAUUUUCAGGAAUGAAUCAGUUAACAUAUCCUCAAACCUGGGCCUUCACAGUGGUUGUGAUCACUUGUGUGAUCACUCAGAUGAAUUAUCUUAAUAAGGCUCUUGAUACUUUCAACACAGCUGUCGUAUCUCCUACGUACUAUGUGAUGUUUACAUCAUUGACCAUUUUGGCCAGCAUAAUUAUGUUUAAGGAUUGGGAUCGACAGAGUGCAAUCCAAAUUUUCACAGAGAUGUGUGGUUUUGUGACAAUUCUCGCUGGUACUUUUCUUCUUCACAAAACAAAGGAUAUGGUUGAGGCUUCUACGACACCAUCUUUUUCUUCGCGACAUUCUAAACACAUAGAAGAGGGUUCUGAACUUGAAGCUAUCCCACUUCAGCAUCAAGAACCAUUGUGAUAAGAUUAGCCAUUAAUCUUAGAUUUGCCGCGAUUUACGAGUUCACUCUUAUCCUCUUAUCACAUUUCCUGCACAAGUCGUGGGGGAAGGUACGGCAGCGACUGGCUUUGUGAUUGUGAACAUUGUCGAUAAAUUCGAAGAGGAUACAAGUCUGACUGACAGCGGUAAUCUCAUUUCUUCCAUUGGAGAAAUUCAUUUCAAACUCCCCUUUUUCUGUUAGGAACCUCUUUGUGAGUUGCAACUUUUAGCCCAUUGUUCUCUAUACUAUAUUAUAUCAUUCAUUCAUAUUCACAAAGAAAUAUAGACUUUUCGGAGAGAUGUCUGGCUCAUAGAAUGGCUUGGUAGAGCAAGUUGGAAGGAUCAUUUACAUGCAUGAUUAUACUUCACUCAUGUAUUCCCUUUCUUUUUACUUCUUUCUUGAUCCAAUAGAAAUUCUUUCUAGCA